AAAAGCCAAAGUCAAGCAGUCAAAAGUCAAAACGAUAGAUUCUUUUUAAAAAAUAUUUUAAUUAACUUUAUUAGUAGAAUAUAAGACUACAAUCUAUCUAAAUCUAUAGAUUGAAUCUCGAUUCAUUGGUUAUUCGAAAUAAUGGUUGUUGGAGCGUUUCCCAUCGCGAAAUUAUCCGUAUUGCUAGUUAAACAGAUCAGCAAACCCAUUGCCAAUGUAUGUAAAGAAAGGGCCAAAAAUAGUCCUUUUUUCAGAACUUAUGUGUGUAUGCCACCAGCUCAAUUUUACAACUGGUGUGAAGUAAAGGCUAAAAUGUGGAUUUUAAACUUGGGGAAACCAGUAAAUAUUCCAGUGCUAAGUCAAGAAAUGGCUAUAGAACUAGGAGCGAAUCUGCUUGGUGAAUCAGUAAUAUUUGUUAUAGGAGCCGGCCUGCUUAUUAUUGAAUAUAAUAGGCAAAGUAAAAAAGAAGCAGCAAAAGAAGCAAAACGUGAAGAGGAAAUGAAACACAUCACAGGAACAAUAACAGAUCUUUAUUUUACUGUUCAACAGCAACAGACACAACUUAGGGAGAUGGAAAGAAUGAUGCACACUUUGGGUGGAAAAAAGCUGCCUUCCAUUUCUCCACCAUCAAGUGCACCGUCAGGACCAACUCCACCACCUACACCUCCAACUCCAAAGCCACAGCACAUUAAUCACAUUAUGGAAUAUGACAGGACUCUAUCUUUGACUCCAUAUCCUGAUAAGGGUGUAAUUCUGCAAUCGCUAAAUUAUAUACAAAUGGAUGUCUUUAGCUCCUAUUUUAAUGACUCAAACCAAAAUGAAACAAACCAAAGGGUUGAUAUAUCGCAAGCUUAUUCCAAAAGAGAACCUGCAUUACUAUCUGAAGCAUUGCAUAAUAUAGAAAACAAUUUUAGAAGCUUAUUUUAGGUUAUUUAAAUACUGUACAGUGGUUGAAAAUUUGUAGUCUAUUUAUUUAUAAAAUAUGUAAGAUAGUUUUUUUGUAAGACAUGGUAUGUUUCAAGUCACAAGUAUGAAAUACUGUAAUUUAUAAGCCAGUAACAUUUUACAAAUCAAUUAUUUUGAUUUUCAGUGAGUAAAAAGUUUUUUAGUAAACUGUAAUAUUAUUGCUAAAAUAUUAUUUUAAAUAAUUUGUAAAUGUUUGAGGCAAUAUAUGAUAUGGAGCCAGUGGUCAAAUAAAAUUAAAAAAUAUAA